AAAACAUGUUUUUGCCCAUCACUUGUAGUUGUGAAUGCCAGAAAUUUUCUUUUUGAUUUGGUAAAAGUGAAUGACGGAUUUAUCUGUAACACAUCCAGUCAAGCGGCUUGAUGUUUGGAAGGCUCUCCAGCCGGGAGAACGCGCUGAUCCUGGCAUUCUCUCACACGAGCGGUGGGCGGAGCAAGGCGUAGAGCGUCGUCACUGCCUUAGCUAAAACAAACUAAACGUCGACUCGGGACUUUUUGAAAAGAAUGCUUUGUGAAUUCGUAUGAACGUAUCGACGACUCGACCCUGUACGUUCGUCACUACUCAACCUGAGUGAAAACAGCAUUUAUUCAAGUUUCGUGUGCAGAUAAACUCGUCGCGGCGCACGUUGAAGCAUCUCAGGCUAGCUUAUCUUGGUCAAACAUGCUAGCCGCGAACAAAGAACCGCUUUUGUUCGCUCCUUAUCGCGAAGCAGAGCAAUUCUGAAGUGGCAGAGAUCAAGUGUGAUUCUGAAGUGGAGUGAUGACCAUCGUGUGAAAAUGUUUGCAAAAAGUGUGAAAGACGAGUACGAGGAGCGACUUUGUGGAACAGAAGAGAAUAACGAGCCACGUCAACCAGUGGACGCUGUUCUCAAGAAGCCUCAAGCUGAACCACACAGAACAGACAGCAGUGAAGAAAAUCAUCACAGUGUGCCGCAGCAGCAGUUUGAGUCACCUCAGUUUAAACAGGAAGAAGAGCAAGAGCCCACCCACGUCAAAGAAGAAGUGGACGAGGCUGAGAUUACCAAGUUUCCGUUGACUGUCACUGUGAAGAGUGAAGAUGAUGAUGGUGAUGAAGCCCAAUUUGGAGGAUCCCAAGGUGACAGCCUCUUAGCGCCACUCUCAGAUAGUGACGACAUAACGUCGAGCUCUUCUGCCACUGAUAAUAAUGAGCGCUCGAAAGGUGACGUGACAUGUCACACCAAUGGGAAACGCUUGAAAUGUUCUCAGUGUGACAAAACGUUUGCCAAAGUGUAUUUUUUAAAAAUACACACCAGAACACACACUGGCGAGAAACCUUUUGCCUGCUCAGUUUGCGGCAAAAGAUUCACUCAGAAGGGACCGUUGAUCGGACACACAAGAACACACACUGGGGAGAAACCUUUUGCCUGCUCAGUUUGCGGCAAAAGGUUCACUCAGAAGGGACAGUUAAUCGGACACACAAGAACACACACUGGAGAGAAACCUUUUCCCUGCUUAAUUUGUGAGAAAAGAUUCGCAGAAAAGGGAAGCUUAAUUAGGCACACAAGAACACACACUGGAGAGAAACCUUUUGCCUGCCAAGUUUGCGCUCAAAGAUUUUCUGAAGGGGGACAUUUAAAAACACACUUGAGAACACACACUGGAGAGAAACCUUUUUCCUGUCCAGUUUGUGGGAGGGGAUUUGCAGUAAAGAGAAACUUAGCAACUCACUCGAGGACGCACACCGGCGAGAAACCUUUUGCGUGCCCUGCCUGUCCAUCAACUUUCAUCGAUCGUUCUGGAUUGAAUAAACACAUGAAAACACACACUGGUGAGAAACCGUACGCAUGUGCUGUGUGUGAUGAAGGCUUCAGUUCUACUUAUCAGAUGAUCAGACACAAGUGUGCUGGUGGGAAGAGCGGCAGCAAAUGAAGCCUCAGAUUAAUUGUAAAGAAAUGUCGACUCCGUGGGGUGAACUGUUGAAAAGCGGAUUUGUGAUUCUGAAGAAAAUGUUCAGCAACCACAUACAGUCGAGAGUAUUGUGCAAAAGUGUUGGGCCACCGCAGGAUUUGCUUUCGCGGUUGCAUCAUAAUCAUGUAUCACUCGAAAGCCACUGAACUAUGAAUAAAAGUGAAGGCAAGGAAUGGA